AAGAAUGUUUUGACCAAGGUAAACUCGCUAUAAGGACAUAUGAGACUUUGGACUACUGACAUUUAUAAUGGACAUUCUGAAAACAAAGGGAGUGAAGCCAUAAAUUUAAAGAGCAACCAAAAGGAAAGUACAACUCUUCCUGCACUUUUGAAGGUUUAUCCAAAUGAAGAGAAGAACCAUUCCACAGAAGAACUUAGCAAGUCUGACAUCCAAGAGGAGCUGAAAAAGGCUAAUAGCCUUCCUAGUUUGACUCCUGGAAACAAAGCAGCAGAUAAAGACAAGCAACCCCGAGAAGGUUUUUUUCAGUUUCUUGGAAGCUUGUUUAAUCUUGCAACAAAAUCUUCUUUGGUAGACUCUAAACCAUCCGCCUGCCAAGAUGAGCCCAACAGAUGUGAAAAGGAUUUACAGAACACAAAUACCCUUACAGAGGGCACGCAACCACAGCAUCCAAAAACUGAAGAGCCUGUCUGUUCUACAGCUAGAAUAAAAGAGGACUCUGUAAAUAAAGAUGACAUGAUCUUAAAUAACAUUGGGAAAGACAGUUCACAGGAUCAGCAAGGAGGCCGGAAACGAUCUGCUGAUGUGAAAAAGCAGAUACAACGAAAACCACAAGCUCCUGCAGUCACUUAUGCAACAUAUCGAGGUUCUGCAAGGAUUAGGCAGCUACUGAAAAGUCAGUCAGAGAAGACUGAAGAAGGAGAAGAAAGUACUGAGAACAGAAAUGCUUCAGUGAUCAAAGAAAAUGGAGAAAUCCAAACUGUUGUCACUCCAAAAUCAGAACACUUAACAAAGGAAAAUGGAGAAGAUGACGAUAAAGAUCAUGAAGAUGAUGUCAUAGUAAAUUCUUCUACAGUAAAAAUGGAAUUGAAAAAGUCUGGUGAAGCUCAACAUUACUUGCAUAGCAAUAAACAUGAAAUAAUGCCAAAUGCCUCAGCUUCACCUACUGGAUCAUCCAGUGGAGUAGACUUAAAACAUACACCAGCUUUAGAAGCAAACAAAGUUAAGAGGACGUAUUCACAAGAUUCAUUAUUGUCAUCUAGUAGAAACAUUGAGAUCGCAACCAAUUCUACUCAUCAGAUUAACAAUGCUCCUAGUGCUGUGGACAGUUUGUUUGGAAAAGAAUAUGUACUGCUGGGAGAAACAGAAGCUCAAUUUCAAAUGAACAAAAAUGCCACUUCUAACUGUGAAAAUGAAAUUCACUGUAGUGAUCACUCCUAUCAGCAGUCUGCAGAAAAAAUGCAGGAUGACAAAGUUAACAAAGAACUCCAGUUGAGCAAGGGAGAAUAUUGCUGUAAUCAUCAAAUAAAUAACCACUCAGAACUAACAUCAAAUGUACAGACGUAUCAUUCCAGUACUACGUUCCAGCAGCAAACAGGUGAGCACGCAGGCAGUGCAAAUAAAGAUAGUGAUCCAAGAAAAAGUGAUGCACAGAAAAUUGUGGCAGCUGCAAAAAGAGAGCAGAAUCCACAGAAUUUUCUUGCUACUGUUCUUUUACCUCUUGAUGAGCAGACAUGCACCUCGCUUAGCAUGGAGUCCAGAGGAGAAGAGUGCAUAGUCACAGGUAAUCUGACUGCUUCAAAGUUAAAUCUUAAAAAUGAUAAAGGCACGACGGUGGACCAGGUGACUUGUAAUGAAGAACUGAAUGAGUUUGGGAAACCAAUGCAUGUACAAAAGGAGCAUCAAUUAAACCUUGUGGAAAACUCUAAAGAUACUGCCGCACCACAGCAUUUAUCUUGUCAGGAAAAAAAGAAGGUUUUGUCAGAAGCUGCAGUGGAAAAUUUUGCUUUAUCAUGCACACGUGGAUGUGAAAAUGUGAAAUCUAACUUAGAUCAGCUGACAGAAUCCCUCUCUGUUAGUUUUGAGUCUUCGUUUGAAACAGUUGACUGUUACUCAGCUUCUCUUCAUCCUGAUUGCAAAUCUGUAAAUAAAACUAUAGUGAAAAGAGGAGUUGGCUCAAAAGAUAAGAUAGACACUGUUUCUACUCCUGAUCUUGAAUGUGAAAAGAGCAAAUCCUUUAAGACUGUAGAUAUGAGCCUCUCAGAAAAUUCUACUCCUACCCAUGGUACAGUUUCCCAUAAAACUGUGCAAGAUAUUCUUGAAAAAUCAUUAGUUACGCUUGCAGAAGAUAACACAUCAAAGGCUGCACCUUGCCCUUUUGUCAGCACUGGAAGAACAGAUGAUACUACACCUGCUGCUUCUAAAAUCAAUGAAGCUGGUAUGAAUGAAAUGGCUCUUGCUCCUUUUGAAUCUAAGAAUUGUAUUUCUGAACUUUCCUCUCACAUUUCUAAAUCACAAGAAAAAAAUCUGGAGGUUUCUGAUUCUGUCCUGGGAUGUGAAGGUAAACCUUUGACUGACCAUUUCUCUGUCAUUUCUCAAAAAGACAUCGUUUCUGCACCUCCAACUAGCUGUGAAAAUAGACAUAUUAAUAUUUCUUCUGAAGUUGAAAGCAAUAACAAGCAUGGGAUAUCAUCCCCGGUACUUUAUUCUUCAUCUGACAACCAAGGAAAAGUGCCUUCUCCUGCCGCUAUCUCUGAAAAUGGUCAAGUUGCUAGAUGGUCUGCUGCUUCCAAGCAGGACGGCUGUGUUCUUGUGACUGCUGAGUGUAAGAGAAUAAUCCCUGAGAACGGAAUGACUGAGACACUUUGCUCAGAAGACCUGAGAGCUUCAUGCCCAUCCAUUUCUCUGGAACCUGAGUUCACCCCAGCUGUGCUCCAUCAUUUUACUUCUGAAGUAAAUGUGCAGGAUUUUUGCAUCCCCAGGUCCCCUUCACCUACUCAAGAAUCCAAAGAAGGCUCAAAACUUUCUAUUUCUGCCUUGAAAACAUCAGGCAUUGCACAAGAGGACUGUAGCUCCUCUGGUCACAGAGUUGGUGUUGAGGCAGAGGAUCUAUCCUCUGCACAGCAGGCUGAUGACAGUGUCUUGGCAGAGGCAGUGCUAUCACCUGUGUGUCCCUUGAAAAGGGCAUCCAAAUCAAAGUGUACUGAGGUGUGCAAAAAUGCUGUACAAGAGGUGAAUCUUUGUAACCAGACCACUAGUACCUCAGAAGCUUGCUCUGAAACAGGUGAACAAACAGCUGCUGCAGCUAUAGAAUCAAAUGAUCUCUAUUUUGCAAAAAUAUGGAAGAAUACUAACAGGGUGGGACAAGACUGCACUAACUUGCAAGAAGCUGCUCUUUUGUUUAAGAAAGCUGAGGAAAUAGUGGACUCUGUUUUACACUUGGCUAUAGAGGAAAUAAUAGCAAAACAAGCUGUUGGUGUCUGCCAAGUCUGUGGGCGAAAGGAUAGUUUAGUAAAUACAGAUAUUCUAAAUGAUCAGAAAACUGUAACUGUGCAGCUGGAAGCAGAAGAAAUCCAGUCAGCUGUGCAUUCAUUAAAACAUUUUAAUGAGAGCAGUGGAGGAGGCUCAUUUUCAUUUACAGGAAAUGAAAUGCAUGAUACAAAUAAUCAAGAUGAAACGAUACCAUCUUACAUCCCUGCUAAAAUUGACCUACAUAGUGUACUGGCAUUAAAAGCAAGAGAAAUAAUUGAUGAAGUUAUUAACUCAGCCAAACAAAAACUGACAUCCAAUCAGUGGCAAGGCAGGGAGAGUGAAAAGCAUUCUGAAAAGAUUGAGUGUAAACCUAAAGCUGAAAAGCCAGAGAUUUUAAAUCUGGAUGGUAAUUUAUCUUCCAAAACACAGAAACUAAUCAGAGAACCAGUAGGGAACACAGAAACUCAGAAUAUAAGUAUAAACUGUGGAAAGGCAGUUUGCUCAGGUCCUCCUUUGCUUUCAAAUAGUACAGAAAACAGCAUAGAUGGGCUCCAAGGAGAUGAAGAUAUACCAAAUAAUGCAUUUGCAUGUCAAACAAAUGGAUUUCUAUCUGCUGGUAUUUCAGUGAGGCGAGAAUCAACUCCUAUGAUACCAGCAAAAGAGGAACAUGAUAAAAAGGUGUAUGAACAUCUGGCUGCAGCAGAGAUGUGCAGUAAAGCUGGAUUAUCAGCAACAAGUAGAAAAUCUGACGUGUCUUUACAUUUAAUAAAUAGAGAUGCAGCUGUUACUGAAGAAAUAUUUCUACCAUUGCAGUUAAGUGAUUCAUGCAAUAAUGCAGAUAUGCCAGACCUCAUGUUGCUGUCAUAUAUAAAUGGUAAUUUGUCAUCUUUUAUGCCUGAUGAAGAAAGUAUCAGCUCACAAAGUGAAAACAGAGUCAAAAGGAGUCCUCACGGUUCUGUGGAAAGCAGUGCAGAGGGUAAUCUGGAUGAACACAGUGGAAGAGAGGCUGCAGAAAUGUCUUCACAAGUAAAAGCAGCCUUAGAAGAUUCAAAGGUAGGGGAGAGUGAAGAGGAACCUGCAGAGGGGGCAAGCGAAACACUUGUCAAUAUUGAGUUAAAUGCACAGUUAAUUGACUCUGAAUUGCCUGCUACUGGAGAGCACAAUGAAGGGAAAAACUACUUCAACUCAGUUUAUGUCCAAAGUAAAGAGAAUCUGAAAGAGUUGCAAAUGAAGGAUUCAGAUGUGCAGAGAAAUGAUCAGCUUGAAGAAAAUAGUCUGGACUGUAGGAAUGACACGAAGGAAUCGACAGAUCUUUUAGGCUUUUCUCCACUAAUUGAGCAAUGGGAAAAUAGUUCUUUUACAAUCGUUUAUGAAGGUGCCCUUCAAACCGAGAACAGAUCUGUCUCUAAUGAUGUUAUACAAACUAGCUCACUUUCUCCUUCUGAUCUGUCUUUGGAUAGUGUAGGUUAUCUAAUGUGUGAAAGAGCAAAAAAUAAAAAUGAGCCCACCUGUUUUUAUGGAAAGGAUAACAAGUUGAAUAAAGCUACGGAGGGCAAUAGCUCAGAGUCAUUUCUGAGUGUGGAAGCCAAACGCUAUAGAAUAUAUCCUUUCUCUUUGUCUCCAAUAUAUGAAGACGACAGCUCCCAUGAAGACUUGCUGUCUGCAGACAUGUCACCAGAAGGCCAUCCUAAUGGAGUAUCUAAAGAUAACUCUGACCAUACUUCUGUGUUGUCCCUUCUGCAAUCAGUUUCUGAGCGCCUACAGUUGACUACUCAGUUCAGUAAAGAGGAAGAUGAGGAGGGAAUGGAGGACGAGGAUGCGGACCAGUCAUCAUGUGAAGGAAAUGUGCUUGAUGUUGAGAGAGGAGGAGAAGAAGAAUGUCUUUCCAGUCAGUGGACAAGGAAUCGAACACGAACCGUUCUGUCAAAUGAUAGAAAUACAUAUCCAUUACCUGAACAAUCACCUUUUCUUUCAAAAGAGCAAUUUGACUCUAAGGAGCAAACAGAAGAGUUUCAAGAUGAGACUUCUCCUGGGCAAACAUACUGCAACCCAGUUUCACAGAAAGCUGAUACUACUCUAAAUCAUCCUCCUACGAGUGCAUAUUACCAGUACUUGAGAUCUGCCAACAAUUACUCCUCUGAGAAGGGAACAAGAUUUGGAAACAUUCUCCAGGAUAUAUUGCAGCCAAAGAUUCGUUGGUCCCAAGAUCAUGCCAUGCCCAAACUGGGAGAAUUGCCAGUGAAUCUCGUUGACAGGGCAAGUCUCACAUGCAAUCCAAGACCAGGAAAGAUUAUUAUUUAUGAUAUUCAUGGUGACAAAAGUAAACAAGAAAUUCAUUCUGAUGUGCUAGAUGCCACAUCCUGGAUCUUUCCCAUUGGAGCAUUACUUAGGAUAAUUAGAGGAUGUUGGAUUUUCUAUGAGAAACCCAAAUUCCAGGGUCAGAAAUAUGUACUAGAAGAAGGAGAGACUGUACUGGAUCACCUUUGGGAUCUUCCAGGUGUGAAACAUCAUCGAAGAAACCUCACAGUGGGUUCAAUCAAACAUGUAACAAAGGUAUAGACUUUAUUAACAAUAUAAUCACUUACA